AAGCACUGGGAGGCAAUGGAGACGCAGCAGGCAGGGGCUGGCAAGUUCAGCAGCAGAUGCCUUGAAAAAACUGAGCAGCGACUGAUGAAGUGCUUCCAGCAGGAGCCGGGCAGCGGCAGGAGCAAACUCUGCACCGGCUGGCAGCAGAGCAAGGUCGUGCAUCCAUGCCUCCAGCCCUCCGUCCCCGGGAGCAGCUCCCUGGUGGGGGGAUGCCGAGGGUCCCGGGCAGGGUUUGGGGCAGCUCCAUGCCCCUCAGCCCCACCGGCAGCAAGAGGUUUGCACGCCGCCGUGCUGGGUGCCCGGGGCUGUCCUUGGGAAUGCGCUCACGCAGAGGGAGCUGGAGCAGAGGGAGUUUUUUUUUUUUUUUUUUUUUUCCUCCAGGAAGAGCGAGCUGCAGAGGUGCUUCGGUCGGCUGCCGGGUGCUGGCUGGCCCCGGAGCAGUGGGUACGUGAUGCUGAGCCCCCUGAUGCUGGGCUCCGAGCUGGCUGUUUGCAGCUCCCAUGCUGGCUCUGUGGGAUGCUCGGGCUGAUUGCACAGCCCUUCUCCUCGCCCCUGCUGGGAGCUGAUCAGCCGCUGCUAACGGAGUCUGCUCCCAGGCGGCCGCUUCACCUUCAAGCCCAUGAGCUGUGUUUAGGCGGCGAAGGAGGUGGGCAAAUUUCCAAAGCCCUGCAGGACAUCCUGAGCUCCCAGCAGUGUCAGCAGGAGCAGGACCAGCCCUGCCCGGGCCCUGGACCCGAAGAUGAUGGAGGCGCGGCGAGACGAGCCCCCGGUGCGGUAGGGCAGCGCUGGGGGGGGGGGGGUACGGCUGCGGGGCACCAGCUGCAUUUUGGUGCUGGUGCUGUGCCUGCUCAGGUGGCUGUGGGGUCACACUGCUGCUUGGGGAGCGGGAGGAGAGGUGCUGGGGUGUGUGGGUCAGGGUGGGGUGGCUGGGAAAGGUUUGUGCUGGGGUCCGGAGGGCAGAAAGGGGAGCGAGGACUGUCUGGGCUCUUUGGGGGAGAAUGA